CUUCUUUGGACUGGAUAUUAGAACAACCCAAAGGAAAAUUGAUGGAGUCAGAUACAAACAAAAAAGAAAUAUAGAGACUUAGGCUUAGAGCAAAGAAAUAUGACAGACCUAACGCCAGAGUUAGGCUUGGAUGCGAUUGACGAUUGGUUUAAGAUAGGAAAGAAAUCAGUGCAGUCUUUAAAAACGGUACCACGAAGUGUCACAGGAGGAAGAUAUUUUGACACAACAACUCAAAAACCACGUGUUGCUGAAACUGAGAACACCUUCCACCUUCAGCGGAGAACGCCAGCUUUUUCCCAAACAGCCUAUGCAGAGGCAUAUAGGCAGCAGGAAGAGGAGGAAUUAAUGGGAUACACUCAUCCACAUCAACAAAACCGGACUUCAGCAAUAAAUAAUGACUUGGAACAUUUGGAUCUGGACAGUAUUGCCACAUCUACAGUGGCAAUACCACAUGACCUUGUACCUUCCAAUGCCAUGGAUGUCUAUCAAAAUUAUGACUUUGAACACAAAUACGAGAGCAGUUUACCAAUUUCUGUCCACAAAGAUGAGGUAAUUGGCACAAUUGAAAGCAAUCAGGUCACCAUUGUACAAGGAGCCACAGGAUCAGGAAAGACAACUCAGGUACCCCAGUACAUUCUGGACCACUAUGCCAAGUCGGGGCGCUAUUGUAACAUUAUAGUCACUCAGCCAAGAAGGAUCGCAGCCAUGAGUAUUGCCAGAAGAGUAUGCUCUGAAAGAAAAUGGCAGUUAGGAACAGUUUGUGGUUAUCAGGUUGGGAUGGACAAACAGGCCUCAGAUGACACAAGAAUUUUGUAUGUCACAACUGGAGUACUGCUGAGAAAACUGGUCAGCAAGAAAAACAUGCUGGAGUACACACAUGUUGUACUGGAUGAGGUUCACGAGCGGGAUCAGGACACAGACUUCUCCCUGUUGAUUGUACGGAAGCUCCUCAGGACAAACUCUCGUCAUGUCAAGGUGGUUCUCAUGUCAGCCACAUUUGAUUGUGACUUGUUCGCGCAGUAUUUUGCUCUGCCGGUGAGGGAUCAGCUAGAGCCUGCCCCUGUUGUGACUGUAGAUGAAACCCCUCACAAGGUCUCAGAGUAUUACGUGGAGGACUUUCAAGGACUGGGUCAGAUUCCCCCACUAGAUCCAUAUGAUGCCACAAUAUCAAAGGAAGCCUUUGCCCUAGCAGCUCGAUUGAUUGAAGAAUUUGACAAAAUGGAAGUAAAGUUACAAGGGAAAUUUGAAGAUAGGAAUUAUGCGCAGUACCGGGGUACUGUAUUGGUGUUUCUGCCUGGUAUGGUGGAGAUCGAUGAUAUGCAUGACUAUCUGAUGCCUUUAAUGAGGAACAAUCUGAAGAUAAUUCCUUUACAUUCCACAAUUACUGUGGAGGAGCAGACGAGGGUCUUUGACAUACCAGAAAAUGGCCAGAGAAAGGUUAUCCUGUCUACAAACAUUGCUGAAAGCUCAAUAACAGUCCCUGAUAUCAGAUAUGUGAUAGACUUCUGUUUGACAAAGAAUUUAAUCAGUGACCCAGAUACAAACUACACCAGUUUACAGGUGGAAUGGGCCUCUAAAGCCAAUUGUAUCCAGAGAAAAGGUCGAGCUGGCCGUGUGACAAAAGGACGUGUCUACCGAAUGAUCACUAGAAACUUCUAUGAAACAUUUAUUCCUAAUUAUGGAAUUCCAGAGAUGCAGCGAUGUCCACUGGAGAAACUUGUGCUACAAACCAAAGUGUUCAACAUGGGAGAACCUAAAGCACUGUUAGCCCUGGCUCUAGAGCCUCCUAAUCUGGACGAUAUCGAGAAAACUAUCCUACUGCUCAAAGAGGUUGGUGCCUUGUCUACCCUGGCUACUGGGGAAAGUAAUCGUCACGAUGGACAGCUGACGUUUAUCGGUCAUGUGUUAGCGGACCUACCAGUGGACAUUAAGAUCGGGAAGUUACUCAUCUACGGACAUGUAUUUGGAGUGCUGGAGGAAUGUCUUAUUAUUGGUGCUGCAAUGUCUUUGAAAUCUUUGUUCUCCAAACCUUACAAAGCUCAUCUAGAUUCCUACAGACACAAACUAGACUGGUCAAGGGGAUCCCAAAGUGACAGUCUGGCCAUUCUCAAUGCCUUCAAGGAAUAUGAAGCCCGUAAGAACAUGGGAGAGUUCAGAAGAGGCGUGUCAGAGAGGGAGUGGUGUAAGAGACACUUCCUACAACAAAGGAGAAUCAGAGAGAUUGCUGAGCUUGUGAAAGAGUUGGAACAGAGACUGCAACAGUUUAACAUCAGCAAGCCAGGACAUCGCCCCAAUUUUAAAAACCAUUUCAGUGACGACCAAGAAAGACUACUACUGAAGUUGGUGAUGUGUGGUGCUUUCUACCCUAACUACUUCUUGAAGGACCCAGUGGAUGAAGAGAGCGCCCUCAGGGAAAUGUCUGGACAUGACCCACUUAACACUGUCAUGGUGAAGGGUUUGCCAGCCAAUCAGGGUUUGCUUUACAAGGAAGCUGUAGAGGAUCAGUUCAGGAAUGUGGGUUUUAACCCAGAAGCCUUCUUUGAGGAAACCAAGGCAUACAUCAGUUUCCAGUGGAAGCCUGAGUACAGGGGCCGUGUACAUCCUGGGGUACAUAUGGCUGUCAAGUUAAGACAGCUGAGACAAUCCAUCGCCAUUGAUCAGCUAUCAUCAGACGAAGCUCACAGGUUACUACAGGAAAUCCAGAGACAACAGGGAGAGACUAGAGGAAAGUUACGAUCUAACCGAGGGGACGGGGACCAGAGGACACAAGUCUCAUUACCCGACACCUCUGUACAAUAUGUGUCCCUCCUCAUAACCAAUGUUGUAGAAUGUGGACACUUUUGGGCCCAAUACAACGAAAACCAAAACUUUGAAGAACUGAAUCAAGUUCAGGGCACCCUGAAUAGCAGAAAUCUCUCGAUGGUGAAUGCCUUCAGUGUUGGUCAGUUGGUGGCUGCCCCCUACACUGAACAGGGGGAUACUCAGUAUUACAGGGCGAGGAUCAACAGCUUUGACCGACAAAAAAGACAGGAGAGAUGGAUUGAUGUUGUCAUGGUGUUUUUUGUUGACUAUGGAAACACGGAAACAGUUGAUAAGGCAGCACUUAGAGUUUGUCCUCAGUCCAUCACCCACAUACCAUAUCAGGCUGUGGAAUGUUUUCUGUGUGAACUCCGUCCCUCGGUGAGGAAAUGCCCAGAUGGCUGCUGGACAAGGGAAGCCACGGAUCUCUUCAGAAGAUGGGUCGACCAGCAAAGUCUGUAUGGACAGGUGUAUUCCACUGUGCGGGAUACUCUAAGGGUGGACCUGAUACAGUCGUGUGGUAAUGGACGACAGGUGUCCUUCCGACAGGAGCUGAUCAAUCUUGGUUAUGGAGAGAGGGGGGAGGAGAAUUACCUCUCAAAGAAAGAUCAUGAGCAGAGACAGGCUCCCCAGGCAGUGAGGACCCAGGAACAGAGAACCCAACCCACGGAGGACUGGUUAGGGACCGCCAUCAGGACCUCCGCCCCCUUGUCUGCCGCCCCCCUCACACGCACCAGGGGUCAAAGGAUACACCUUAAAGGGCCUCAUAAUCCAUAUGAAAUGCAGUUUUACAGUUUAACAAAUGUUGGGAGACUAAGGGCAGCAAAAGUGGACCCGGACAGUGUUAAUUCUGUUGCUAUUGACGAUGAGCCUGAAUCUCCACACGCCAGGAUGAUGAUAGCAGGAUAUGUAGGGCUUAAUGCGGCAGGGUCCACCAUGAUUGCUAGAGAUACAACAAUCAUGCCACUCAUCCCAGGCUUACCAGCCCUAGUGUCUCUGCUUUUUGCACCAAUUGCAGAAUUUCGGGUUGACCAGAGGAAAGAGAAUUAUAUUGGUACAAUCUGUGGUUUGGGACUGGACAGAUUUACAGGACAGCCCGCCAUGCCUGACCACGAUAUGGAGGUGGCCUUUGACAUACCUAUAACUUUAGAAGAUAUCUUCAAGAUAAAUGGUGUAAGAAUGGCCAUCAAUAUUGUGUUAGGAAGUGAACAAGCAGUGUCCAACUGGGGCGAAGAUGCUAUUUACAAACUUCAAGACUCGGCUCGCAGGAAACUCAUGAGUGUUAUACAAGGAACAGCUAGAGAACAUUAUGAUGCACCAGCAACAGAAACUCCUUACAGAUGGGAUCAGAUAGACCCAGCUGAUAUUUUAGAACAUGAUCUACACAAUACACCAGCUGACAGUGUGGUUUUGUUACACCUACAUAAAGGUGUGUAUCUGAGGACAGAUAGAGAAGAAGAGGAGGAGGAGGAUCAAAUAGGGGUGGAGGAGGAGAUCUUAGAAAAGCGACGUCAUGCUGAGUGGCUACGUCAGGCGGCAGAGAGUGCCACGUCUCGGGAGCCGAUACUUUGUAGGUUGUGUAACAUGACGUGGCAGACGCCACAGUUGUUACAGCUCCACCUGGAGACAAGGCGGCACAAGGAGAAGGAGGAUGAACUGUAUGACUGAAGUCAGGGAAGGGAACCAGGCUACUCCAACGUCACAGUUAACUGUAUCCUCAUUAUACAGGUGUCUGUACAGGUCAGAGAUGCAGUAGAGAAGGGAAUCCAAGAAUCAGAAGAGAUAAAUAGUGGAACACUUUCAGGGAAGAAUGUCAAGGAAUGGGAGUUUUUUUUGACAAUUUUUAUUUUUUAUUUACAAAGUGAAAAUUGUAAAACAAAAAAAAUUGUUUGAAUAUGUUUGAUGUUUUAAGAAGUGAAAUGUGCAAAAAGAAACAGUUGCAAUAAGUUCUUUUCUAUACAUGUAUUAAAAGCUUUAAGACUUACUUGUAGAAAGAAACUGUUUACAUUCACAUUUAUGUGCAAUGAAUAAUCAUGAACUUUUUUGUAGAUACAUGUUCAUAUUUUGUUCUGAUAUUUUUUUAUUCAUGUA